CCGGCUAAUCAUUGACAGAGCCGCGCAGCCCCGCGCCGGCUGCGGGCCGAUCAGCGCAGGACGGCGCGGUGGCCGGUGCGCCCGGGAAUGAAUGGAUCUCCGCGGCGCCGCGAGGGGAGCGCGGGCUGCGGCCGGAAGAUGUCCCGCGGGGCGCCGCCGCCAGCCGCGCUCCUGGCCGCGCUGCUCCUGCUCCCCGCCGCGGCCGGCCUGCCCGGAGAGGGCAGCGCUAUAUGGUCUAGGAACCCCGGGGCGAGCCCGGUGAACGCCAGUCAGCUGUUCCUCCACGACACGUUCCCUAAAAACUUUCUCUGGGGCGUGGGGACCGGAGCGUUCCAGGUGGAAGGGAGCUGGCGGGAGGACGGGAAAGGACCCUCGAUCUGGGACCGCUUCGUCCGCACGCGCCUGCAGAGUGUCAACAGCACGGCCGCUUCCAGUGACAGCUACAUCUUCCUGGAAAAAGACUUGUCAGCCCUGGAUUUUUUAGGAGUUUCUUUCUAUCAGUUCUCCAUUUCCUGGCCAAGGCUCUUCCCCGAUGGAACAGCAGCAGUUGUCAAUGCGAAAGGUCUCCAGUACUACAACGCUCUCCUGGACGCUCUGGUACUGAGGCACAUCCAGCCGAUGGUCACUCUGUACCAUUGGGAUUUGCCUUUGGCACUGCAAGAAAAAUACGGGGGGUGGAAAAAUGAAUCCAUGGUAGAUAUCUUCAAUGACUACGCCACGUACUGUUUCCAGACAUUUGGGGACCGUGUCAGAUACUGGAUCACAAUUCACAACCCAUAUCUGGUUGCUUGGCAUGGGUAUGGAACAGGUAUUCACGCUCCGGGAGAAAGGGGAGACAUAGCAACUGUCUACACCGUGGGACACAACCUGAUCAAGGCCCACGCGAAGGUCUGGCACAACUACCACAGCAACUUCCGCCCGCGCCAGCGGGGCUGGCUGUCCCUCACGCUGGGCUCCCACUGGGUCGAGCCGGGCCGCUCGGAAGCCGCGGCCGACGCCGCGCGGUGCCAGCAGUCGGUGGCGGCGGUGCCGCGCUUCUCGGCCGCCGAGCAGCAGCAGGUGAGGGGCACGGCCGACUUCUUCGCCCUCUCUUUCGGCCCCAACAACUUCAAGCCCCCGAGCACCGUGCCUAAGAUGGGGCAGAAUGUGUCGCUCAGCUUGCGACAAGUGCUGAACUGGAUCAAGCUGGAGUACGGCAACCCCCGAAUCCUGAUUGCCGAGAACGGCUGGUUCACAGACAGCCACGUGACCACGGAAGACACCACGGCCAUCUACAUGAUGAAGAACUUCCUCAACCAGGUUCUGCAAGCCGUAAGGUCUGAUGAAGUGCAAGUGUUCGGUUACACCGCCUGGUCUCUCCUGGACGGCUUUGAGUGGCAGGAUGCUUACAGCACCCGCCGAGGGCUGUUCUAUGUGGAUUUCAACAGUAAACAGAAAGAAAGGAAACCCAAGUCCUCAGCACGGUACUAUAAACAGAUCAUCCAAGAAAAUGGUUUUCCUUUAAAAGAGGCCACACCCGAUAUGCAGGGUCAGUUUCCCUGCGGCUUCUCCUGGGGUGUCACCGAGUCUGUUCUUAAGCCGGAGCUGAUGGCUUCCUCCCCGCAGUUCACCGACCCCAGCCUGUACGUGUGGAACGCCACGGGCAACAGACGGCUGCACCGCGUCAAGGGGGUAAAGCUGAAAACGCGGCAGGCUCAGUGCACGGAUUUCAUCAGCAUCAAAAAGCAGCUGGAGAUGCUGGCCCGAAUGGGAGUCACUCACUUCCGGUUCGCUCUGGACUGGGCCUCCGUCCUCCCCAGCGGCAACCUGACCUCGGCUAACCGACAGGCCCUGCGCUACUACCGGUGUGUGGUCAGCGAGGGCCUGAAGCUCAACGUCUCGGCCAUGGUCACGCUGUACCACCCGACGCACGCCCGCCUGGGCCUCCCCGGGCCGCUGCGGCUCGGCGGGGGCUGGCUCAACCCCGCCACGGCGCAGGCCUUCCGGGACUACGCGGGGCUGUGCUUCCGCGAGCUGGGGGACGUGGUGCGGCUCUGGAUCACCAUCAACGAGCCCAACCGGCUGAGCGACAUCUACAACCGAACCGGCAACGACACCUACCUGGCGGCGCACCACCUGCUGAUGGCCCACGCGCUGGCCUGGCGCCUCUACGACCGGCGCUACCGGGCGGCGCAGCGCGGCGCCGUGUCGCUGGCGCUGCACUCGGACUGGGCGGAACCCGCCAACCCCUUCGUGGACUCGCACUGGAAGGCGGCCGAGCGCUUCCUGCAGUUCGAGAUCGCCUGGUUCGCGGAGCCGCUCUUCGGGAGCGGGGACUACCCGCCGGCCAUGCGGGAGCACCUGGCCGCCCGGAGCCGGCGCGGGCUGUCGGGCUCCGCGCUGCCCCGCUUCACCGAGGCCGAGCGCAGGCUGGUCAGGGGCGCCGCCGACUUCUACGCGCUGAACCACUUCACCACCAGGUUCGUGAUGCACGAGCAGCGGCGCGGCAGCAGCUACGACGCGGACCGCGACGUGCAGUUCCUGCAGGACAUCACCCGCCUGAGCUCGCCCUCGCGCCUGGCCGUGCUGCCCUGGGGCGCGCGCAAGCUGCUGCGCUGGAUCCGCGGCCACUACGGCGACGUGGACAUCUACAUCACCGCCAGCGGCGUGGACGACCAGGCGCGCGAGAACGACCGGCUGCGCAAGUACUACCUGGAGAAGUACGUCCAGGAGGCCCUGAAAGCAUACUUGAUUGACAAAGUCAAGAUCAGAGGCUACUAUGCGUUCAAACUGACUGAAGAAAAAUCUAAACCCAGGUUUGGAUUCUUCACAUCCGAUUUCAAAGCCAAAUCUUCAGUGAGGUUUUAUAACAAGCUGAUCAGCAGCGGCGGCUUCCCGGCUGAGCACAGCGGCCCUGCGUGCGGUCAGGCGCAGAGGGACAGGGAGUGCGCUGUCUGCUCACUGCUCCUGCGGAGGAAGCCGCUGAUAUUCUUCGGCUGUUGCUUGUUCUCCACCCUCGUUCUGCUGUUAUCCAUCAUCAUUUUUCACCAGCGGAGAAGAAAAUUUUGGAAAGGAAAGAACGUACAAAACAUACCAUUAAAGAAAGCCCGCAAAAGAGUUCUUAGCUAAACUCAUGUGUCAUAUAGCUUAGACGUGCACUCCGGUCCCGCGCGCUGGGACUCACAGAACACGGCUGUGUGCUGGGAGGAGGUGGAGGGAGACUCGGUAGUCACCAAGGUGGUAACUAACACUGGUCAUCACCGCAGCGAGGUUCACAUGAAUUUGCCCUCACGUGUGGACAGCAGCGGGUUCAACAUUUGCAGCUGACGAAUCAGGCUUCACCGGGACGGAGAUCUGAGAUUUCCUGAUCACUGCUUCAGCAAAUGCGAUGAGCAGUUUCCUAUCCUUUUUCUCUGGACUUCUUCCCCAAGAACCAAUAACUACUGAUGGCAAAAGAAUUACUUUAAGAAGUGAAAAUCUGUGAUGUUAGAUGCCACAGCAGAGAUUGCUGUCGCUUCUAACAAGGUGUUUUUAGGCCAGGGUGGUCCUCGAAUGGAAAGCAAAAGCACAACAGGGUAAGCGAUGGUUGUCUGCAGCCAGUUACAGCAGACCCUGAAACACAUUGGUCUGCUUUUCUCAAAAAGAAUUAUUAAGCAUUUCUAAGACA